AGAUGAAGCAGAGCUCUCAUACAUGCAGCAGCAGCUAGCUAGGGCAGCUAAAAAUUCAACUCUAACUUUUGUUUCUGGUUACUUACAGAAGAGUAAUAAUAUAAGACGGUAAAAAAUACUCACCAUGACGGGUGAUGCACUAAAUAGAGGGCAAAAAACAUAGAAACAUGAAGCUUUUUAAAAGUGAAAGACAGUCAGGGACGGACUUGCAAGCUAGCUCUACGACCCGGAAGUACUCUAUAGCUUAUUCACGCGUUUUGCUCGUUUGCGUGCCCCGCUGCGGCAACACACAAAACUACCAUUUGGGAUUUCUUGAAUUUUCUUUUUUUAAACUAAAGCUCUAUAAAUCCGGCCUUAAAUGCUGUGAAAUUGUUACAGUCAGCAAAACAAGAUGUAAUGUGCGGCAGGGGUUUCACAACAAAGAGAAGUGAAACCAGACGCUAUUCCUCGUUAUUAAGUGGACAUGACUGACCGAGCAGUCGAGACCGGAUAGGAGUGAGGCCGCUGCUCAAGUGUUUGUUUUUUUAUUGGUCUGAGUGUUUAAUCUUAUGUCAGUGCUUGGUAAACUAUGACCGUAUCCCAGAUAACACCUGGGCGUAUGAGGAAGUUUACUUAGCAGGAGAGGGGGGCUAACAGCAGAUUCACUCUCAGACCGGGUGCUGCUUUUCUGCUCUCUGACAAUAAACAAAAUGCUGCAGCUCGGAGAUGAAGUCAACCUAUACUCAGUCGUCUUCGUCCUGGUCCUGCUGGGCACACGAAGCCCACUGUGGACGACCGCCCUCACUGCAUCGCUUUACCUAUUUGUGGCCAUGUUCCGGUUCCCCCAGGUACCGUCCAGCCGGGCCAGACAGGUACUGCACCCCGCCAAGGGCACGGCAGGCUCUGGUUUGGUGUCAGUGGUCGCACACCGGGGUGGAGGGCACGAUGCACCAGAGAACACGAUAGCAGCCAUCCGGGAGGUGAGGGGUGUUGAUUUCUCCUUGAUUUCCCCAAGUCAUCAAACGGAUCUCGUUUUAAAGCCAUUGGUUGAGAUAGGGGAAACCGGGGCUUGUUGUCACACUUUUGACACUCUUGUAUAUUUCUUUGAAUCAAUACAUCAUAUAUAAACAAAAUGUGUACCAGAUGAAAGACCAAAGUCUCAUAUAUAUUUUGUAUUCGUCAUUUUCAUAUCUUGUGUCAGUGCGGAGUUAUAACCAAUCAAAUAAAGAGUGUGAACAUGUGACAAGUUGCCCCACCAUCGAGUUAGCUGUCUCACUUUAUGAGGUACGAUUUCACAGUGGAUUUUGCAGCUAAUAAAACACAGACAAAAUUAUUAUUGUCACUUUUUUUACUUGAAAGUGAACACAAAGUCAGGCACAGAAAAUGUUUAUCAUUGAGCUUAAAAAAGUAAUUGAACAAACGUUAACAUAAAAUAUUAUGCAACAUGCUCUGGAGUUUGGAGAGCUGUCUGACUUUGUAUUUCGGCUGGGUUGAAUGUUUUUGCAGUAACAAGCUAAGGUAUGGUAGUUGACAUUAAAGUCCUUUAUUGUAGCCAGAUUGAUUUAUUAUCUAGGGUCACCUGUCUGACUGCCCUCAGCAUCACGUCAGGUACUGCACUGCCAUGUUCUGUUUUUCUUUUGAAAUUCCUGACCAUGUCUUCUCUCUUUCUCCUCUCCUUUAAACCACUCUUUUUUCUGUAAUAAUAAUGAAGUCAAAGUUUCAAUAUGACAACUGCUGAUAAGCAAACUCUCCAUAUUAAUUUUAAUCAAUUUAAAACAUGUGACAACUAACCCCAAAUUGACUGAGACAUGUUGCCACAAACUGCCGUGUUGGCUAAUUAAAGGUCUAGCUUAAAGUUAGCUUCAAACAGAACAAUGACUGAGCUAUGACAGGAUGUCUUAAUCUCUCCUCUAACAAGUCCACAUAUUUCACUGCUUGGAUUUUCACCUGGAAGAAACUUAUUUCAAAAUAUAUAAAGUUUUUUUUUUUUUUUUUUUUACUUUGGGUUGUGCAAAAUGGUUAAUUGAUGCUCAUCUCAGCUCACAAUGUGCUCUUCUCUUCUCAGACAGGACACGACCCCUGACCAUGUAAAGGAAUAAAACUAGUAUUCCACUAUUUAGGUGCGCCCUCUGGUGGCAAAGAUAAUUGCAGUGUUACAGCUUCACUUAAAUCAAUGCAAGAUACCCUAAAGCCACUAGGACAUCUGUACUACAUUAGUACAUAAUUGCACUGAACCUUUUACUUACUAGUGACCACUACUGUUAUCAUUCAGCACCACAGGUUCAUUCAUAAUCCACACUGCUAUUCAUUCAGCCUCUGCAUCCACAGCUGGUCAGUAGUGUAAAAAGACUGCUCCCACUGUCAACAUUUCAUAAAUAUACACCACAUGUCCUUGGUGGCAUGUAAAAUCUUCUGCUUAUACAGCAAGCUUGCAUACAGGCCUUGAUAAUAAAAAAGUUUAUGAAGCCCCCAGUCACAACAAAAGAGAUCACAACACAAAACAGUGUGAGGGGGUCUAAACCACACUGUUUACUAGGACAACAGAGACCCAGCUUCUUACAGUAAUAAGCAAACACUGGUAAACAGUGGCAAUAAAAAGCUAUUAGACAGAGACCACAAUUACGCAGGAGCAGACUGAUAGGUGAACCGCCAUCUGCUGCUUCUAAGUUCAUCCUUUUCAGCCAAGUUAUAGAAGGUUAUAUCAAGAGUAAAUAAAAACAGACUUGUGGCUGAAACAAGAAAAAAUCUUAGUAAAGUAAAUCAAACCCUUCAGUUUGUCUAUCAUUCUUAUAGGCCAGCAAGAACGGGGCAACAGGGGUGGAACUGGACCUGGAGUUCUCAUCAGACGGCAUCCCAAUACUGAUGCAUGAUGACACUGUCGACCGGACUACCAAUGGCUCAGGUCCACUCAGCAACAUGAGACUGUCUGAGUUGAGCAAACUAGAUGCAGCUGCUAAACAUCGACUGAGGUAAGAAAGACGGUUCACAGGCCAUCCAGAGCAUAACCCUGUGCAAAGACAUUGUAGAUGUUUUUGUAAGAGUUGUUGCAGCUUUUGCUUGAGGAUCAAAUGUACUGUGAUUGAUCCCACAGGGAAAUUUAGAUUCAGGAACCGGGAAGGGGGUACAGGUUUUCAUUGUCGAGCAUAAUUAAAAUGAAAGUAUGGAAAUGUUUUGCCCUUUUCAACUACUUUGUUAUCAUUUGUUUUUAAAGAGAAAGACAUCUUUAAAGCAGUAUCCUAGUGCACUGACAUUUGAAACCCAGGCUAAAGACAUUAUUUAUAACUAUUUCUAAUUAGAAAAAACAAACCAGUCACGUAGUAAAUGACAUGGAAACUUCAUGAAGAUAUAACAACAGUGGUAAAUAUGUAGUAAGAUCAUUUGGAUCAAUGUUUGUUUAAGUUGAUGAUUCAGUUGGCUUUGUAGUGGCUUCAUUAAAAUCUGAUUGUAAUGAAUUUCCACUGUGAUGAUGCGCUGCAUAUAAACAUAUGUUUGCUAAAUGAGAGGUUCUAUGCAGACUUUCAGUUCUUGUUAACACAGACAGUUGUGAUGAAAGAGAAAACACAGAAAAGGAAAGGAUGAUUGGAAAACAGUAUGUGAAGAAAAUAACUUAGAAAAGAUAAGACAUCAAGGUUUUUGGAGCUAGAUGGGGGCUUUAAGUCUUUCUUAUGCUUGAUGAUGACUCAGCAUGCAUUAAGUAAGUCUGAAUUUUUCUACUGAUAGGCAGGUUUUCAGUUCAUAUGUAGUCUCUGCUGUGAAAUAACAGUAUCUGGGACUGACAUAUUGUUCAGAUUCAGCUACUGGAGAUGUGAUACAUGCAUCCCAUUACACAUAGAGUUUGUGGGCACCAUGGGAUGUCAGAAAACCUGAAGAGAUGUUCAAAGUAACAUUUACAAAAACUGUUACUAUCAACCCCAACAGGAGGUGGGAAAGUUUUUAUUUAUACAGAGGCACGCAUUCAGUAAUACAAGAGACCAAAAGGCCAGGAAAUUUCCAAAAACAGCUUAGUGAAGACAAACUAAAGUAGAGUCUGACAUGCAAAAGAUCCCUUUAAGCAAACUAUGUCAGGAUGUCACUGCUACUGCUUUUGAAUAUGCUUUAAGAAUAUGAAUGCAUUUCAUCAUAACACUAACAUGAAAAGCUGACACACGUCUCUGAUCAUUUUAUGUGUUUACGGUUAAUACUUUGCUGUAUUUGUUUGAAAGCCAUUUGUGCAAGUCUGAGGCUGCUCUGUAACAUUUACAUUCCUCAUAGGGAUGAAUUUGCUGGAGAGAAGAUCCCAACUCUGGAGGAGGCAGUGGAGGAAUGCAUCAAGCUGCAGCUUACCAUCUACUUUGACGUCAAAGGUCAUCCAGAUGAGGUGCAGCCUGUAACAUUAGCUGGUUUAAUUGAUUGGAACCAAGUGAAUAUUUUUUAAUGUAGAGGGCAUGAUGUUGUGAUUGUAAUAAUCCAAAGCUGCGCAAAGUGAUUGUAAUACUUCAGCAAGGGAUUGAAGGCUUGAUUACACUGGGAAGUACUCAAGGGUAUCCAGGGCACCUUUUUCAGUUUGUGCUGUACUUUGGAAUGGACCUCCAAAACCCACACAGAGAAAAGGACACAUUUUCAGCUGCUAUAACUCUGAGGACAUUGCCACAUGCAUGUUUUGUUUGCUUUGAAACAUACGUAUGUUGUGACACAUUUUCCUGCAGAUUUUUUAUUUGAUCAUUUUUGAAAACUGAAUGCGAGACAACAGCCAUCGAGGCAGGAGUUUACACAAUACCACUAAAGCUGCAGUUUUGGUCCCCACUGAGUCUGCAUAUUAAAAGGUAACAAAUCUAUAUUGGUGAACCUUAAACUCUCUGACCAGUCGCUCCUUGCUCAGCACAUUUUUUGAUGAGGAGGGAAUGCAGAGCUGCUCCGGUGCUUGUUGUUUCAGGCAGGGGACAUUCUUGAAUUCGGGACUCACCGCUGAGUGCGUGCAUGUACACAGCUGUUCAACCACACACAAUUCUAAACAGUUGACUGCCCGACAAUAACUGUGUGUUUUUUCUGCUUCCCUCCCAGGCAGCUGCAGCCCUCAAAGAGUUAUAUAAAAAGCAUCCAGUCCUCUACAACAGCAGCAUUGUGUGCUCCUUCCAACCUAAAGUCAUCUACAGGGUGAGAGCCCUCUGUUAUGUUUGUCAGAGUAAUCAACAUAUCAUACACCUGAAGAAAGUGAGAUUUGCUGACUUAAAAAAUGUUGUAUAUUUAUAUGAAUAAGAGACAGGUAAACAGUACCAACCUAUUUGAAGACUACACAUUUUGUCUGUGUAAUAAAUGCAUUAUAACGGAGCUCCAGCACUUUGAACAUUAACUAAAAUUCCCUGUUGUCUUUGAACUAAACUCUCACCAAUGAAUGUGCAAGUUUUUACUUACUUGUUCAGAUUACUUGUCAGACACCAGUCAACAGGGUCACACUUUGAUUUAUUUUCUGCAUGUGCAAAAAUGAUAAUUACAGUUAUUUGAGUUACUUUGAGGCUUUCUAGAGGAUAAAAACUUUUAGCUGAGGUGUCUGUUAUAAUUGCAUGUUAGACUCUUUGGGGGAAAAAAGAGACAACCUGAGAUGAAACACAAGCAGCUAGCUUUUUUCUCACAUAACUCCCCGCUGUCCAAAAGUGAACAGUCAUGCUGAAUUUGCACAUCUGCUAACAUUCCUGCAUAUUUGCUCAAUAUUAGCAUGACUAAAUCUGUGUCUCUGCUCCAUUCCAUCCCAGAUGAGACAGAGUGACCCUGAAGUCGUCACAGCAUUGACCCACCGACCCUGGAGCCUGAGUCGGCGUGGAGAUGGUAUUCCAUAUUUCUCAUCACUGUGGAAACACCACUGGAUGACUCUAAUGGACAUUGUGUUGGACUGGGCUCAUCAUCACAUACUGUGGAAGCUCUGUGGCACCUCAGCCUUCCUCAUACAGAAGAACUUUGUCUCUCCGUGAGUCGCUCUUUGGUAGAGGUGGUGAUGAUUUAAGCGUGAGGUUUAUCAAAUGCAUGGCUAAUAGACUGAUCAGACUGAUCAAUGGCUGAUCAUAUUGACUGUGGUGUCAGUGUAAAGUUGCUUUGAAAGGUAUAAAUCACGUAAAUGACAUUGUUUCUGUGCUCUGCAGGGACUAUGUCAAGUACUGGGCCCAGAGGGAAGUGGAGGUGGUUGCUUGGACAGUCAACACUCAAGUGGAGAAGGAGUAUUACCAGGAGCUGCUGAAAGUCAACUACAUCACAGACAGCUUAGUUGAAGAUUGUGAACCCCAUUACUAAGAAACAAGCCAAAUGAUCAGAAGAUGAAACUCAAUGGGCUGGUUCAGGUCUACUUAUCACCUAUUAUGUGGCAUUAAGAAAGAAAGCCACUGUAUUAUCCACAUGCACAUUUUGUAUGUGGAUAUUUAAUGGAUGGAGUUAAAUGGAUCAGACUGGCUACCACACUUGAUAACAAGAAGCCAAGUUGCAUGUUUUAUUCUGACUGAAGUCUUUACUUCAUGUAUGUUAAGGCAUCUGAAAGCAUUCAUUCACAUAUUUCUAUUUAGGUGGUUAAAGAGAUCCUUUAUAAAAUGUACUGUAUUCACCAACUCAGGACUGCUGUAUUCUCCCUGUUUUUGUUUAAAUAGUGAGACUGACCGACUCUAUAAAACUGAAAAUGUCAUUCAUUGUGCUUAUGGCACAAAAAGGCCACCAGACUGAAGAAAACUACCUAUAAAUAGAUCUGUUACCGAGAAAACCUUCACUGAAAAUCAACAUUUUAUACAUUUUUCAAAUAAAAUGACAUAUAGGGUAGAACAACGUAGGGCUGGACGAUUAUGGCAGAAAUAAUAAUUGACUCAUAUUGAAAUCAUGAUUAAUAAACACGAUUAUUCAUUGAUUUACAACUUGAGUAUUUAUUGAACAACCGAAAUUUAACUUUAAAUGUAAGAGUAGCCAGAAAUAAAUUAGAAACAAGUGAAACAAUAAUAACAAUAGUAAAUUAAAACAAUAUAAACAAUAAAUGAAAAUAAAUACUCAUUCUACAUGCAAAACUUGCAACAUGCAAAAAACACAAAUAAUACUCUUUGAAGGUUUUUCAAAAAUCUUUUUUUAAAAACAAAAAAGGAUUGGCCACAAAGUGCUAUACUCCCUGCAAUUUGCCUCCUAAGUUACAUACUUGGGUUUUAGUCUAGGAACACCAGUCUGUUGACUUGAUCUGGCUUUAGUGAUGAAGGGUGCCAGGUAACAACAUUUCCACCUGUGCAAAAAACCCACUCUGAUUCAGACGUUGUGGCAGGGAUGCACAACAUGUAACGCUUGUCUAAAGUCUUAAUCAGCUGUGUGAUCAUCGAUGGUAAAUAAUACUGUUAAUAAUCGUUAGAAACCAAAAUCAAAGCCAUGACUGAAAUUCAAUUAAUCGUCCAGCACUAGAACAAUGCUGACAUUUGAUGUUAAGUAAAAAUGCAGUAAAUAGAAAGCUUGUAUUUUGUAGUCUUUAAGAUAUUAUUGAGCAUUUAAAAAAGAUCCCGUGGUUCAUUGCAGUGUAUAUACAGUCCUGAACUCUAUCUGCAGAGAGGACAUCAAUGAAUCUACCACUAUGAUAGCUCUGUCUAUCUACAACCUUAUGUGUUCCUGUUUAGCACACUCACAUGAUAAAAGAAUUUGAAUUGCUCUUGUGUUUAAUGUAGUAACAGAGCACUGCAAAUGAACACAGUGUAGAUCGAUGCAGAAAAACAGUGAGAGAUGACCAAUGAAGCAGAAGUAAGGAGUAAAGGAGUAAUUGCAGAGAGUGACAAUGUGAGGUUUUUUAACUGACAAUAAUAAACGACUGCUGAUAAUACUAACUUUGGACACAAAACACACCUGAUGUCUCUGUAGAAUAAGGUGUGUGGGUAAGAUGUGCCGGAGAGCUAGCCCCUGUAACGUGUUAUUUUCAAAGAGGGAAACAUAAAUAAAGCCACCAUCAAAGUCUUAUAUCAUUUGUUUAUAACAAGUCUAAUUCACUUUGAAAAAGCUUAAACUCAACAGUGCUCUGAAAUAAGUAGAGGAGACUGCAAGACUACCUCUGUAUGUCAUCUGAGCUGCAAAUAUCCAAGUCCUCUGCACUGAUUUUCAAUUUUGAUAUUUGAAACACAUUUAAGUCUUAAAAAGUGGAAAAAUAAAACAUGAAAAUUUAA